AUGGCUAUCGAAUCAAGUUCUGUACCGAUUAGUAUCCGCGGCCGCUACUUUUACAAAGGCGAUGAAAGAUUCUUCGUUCGGGGAGUUGUCUAUCAACCCUCCAGGCACGAUGAUUCGCGUGGCACUAUCAACGAUCCGCUUUCAGACGACCGGAUACAAGAGUUGCAACAGAGUAUUCCCUUGUUCAUAGAGCUUGGAGUGAACACACUCUACAUCUACUCCAUCGACAAUAAGAAGCCGCACGCAGAGGCGAUGACAUUGCUCGAUAAUGCGGGAAUCUAUGUCGUCGUGACCGUCGCUACCCCGUUCUGCUCCAUCAAUCGAUCGAAGCCCUAUGGAUCGUACAACAUCGCCAAUGUUACCUCUUUCCUCAAGACUGCAAGCAUAAUGGCCGGUUAUCCUAACACCUUGGGUAUUGUCGCAGGCGACUCAGUGAUCAACAGUUACCCGUCCCUACAAGCAGCACCUGUUUUGAAAGCUGUAAUCCGAGACAUCAAAAGAUAUCUAGCGUGGAGCAAUAAAACCAACGGAACACGACUAUUGCCUGUGAGUUAUUCAAUUGCGAGUGUUCCAUCCAUCACCCACGCUCCAGGGCUUCUAGAGUACCUGUACCUUGGUGAUACAAAAAGCACAAUCGACUUCUGUAUGCCAAAGAGUUACUCAUGGGCGGGUGAAUCCAGCAUGCAAUGGUCUGGCUGGGACCGACUUGUCAGUCGAUUUAAGGAGUUUGCCAUACCUACAUUCCUCUCUGAGUAUGGCACCAAUAUUUACAAGCCUCGGCAAUUUCACGAAACCAAGGCUCUUUACUCAAGCGCGAUGACCAAAGUCUUUUCUGGCGGAUGUGUCUAUCAAUUCAACGAAGCUCCUAAUCGGUACGGCCUGGUGGUGAUGCCUCAUACGGCCGAAGAGUUGUUCUUCAAGAUGGAUGAUUCUACGCACAACCAGGUGACUGAAACGCGAGAAACGGAUCAGGGCAAGCUCUACAUUUAUGGCGACUUCGAGAACUACAAGACAGCCCUUGCAGAGCCCAUUGACUACGAUCACAAUUGGGAUACCAUGGAGCACGAAGCAGCAGAGAGAUGUAACGCUGAUACUGCGCAAAUUACCUGGCCAUGGGGACCCGACUUCCAGAUGCCUGAGACGUGCAUUGAUUGGGCAAAUAUUGCUGAGCUUGUCGAGCGAUCACCCCUUGAGACCACAGCGCAAAGGUUCGAAAACACACAUAUUGCCUGA